AUGGCUAUAGUUUUCAAUCUCCAUUGUUAUCUUCUUCUUCUUCUUCUUCUUACUCUUUCUUCAACCUUCUUUCUCCACCCUCACAAUCUGGCCUCCGCCAACUACUCAUUAAUCGAUCAACAAUGUCGGCAAACAGACGCCCCGGAAACAUGCAUUGGGUGCAUAAUGUCCCACCCAGAAGCUGCCGAGAAAGCUGAUAAACCUGAAGAUAUCGCCGCCAUUCUCUUGACUUGUCUGAGUGACGGUGCCGAGAUUUUGAAAAGCAAUUUUUCAAUGCUGGCUUCUUCAGUGUCAAAAGACGAUAUUUUUAAGGGCGUUUGCGAGAUUUGCAGCAAGGGUUACGGCGAAGCAGAGACGAGACUCUCGUCGGCAGCCGAUGCACUGAAGAAGAGCGACUAUGAUGAGGCUAAUCACAUGCUGGCCACGGCUCUUACUAGCAGUGAAAUGAUUUCUUGUAGGUUGAACAUUGAGAGCUAUAAAUCGGAAGUUCCUAAGAUUCUUUAUCUAAUGAGGAUCUAUGAAGAGCUCACUGGUGCAGCCAUGUCUGUCAUUGAUCGACUCCCUUAUGGGGAAAAACCCUGA